AUGUCCGGCUCGACCGCAACCACAGCGUCGGCUUCUAACAGCCAACGCGAUCAUCCCCGCCACCUCCCUCACAACAAUGACCCGGAUCGAGACUUCCUCUCCCGUCGAGCCCGCACCAAAAACCAUCUCAUCGCCAUGGUCGGUGAAUUCGUGGGCACCACGCUCUUCCUGUGGUUUUCCUUUGCUGGCGCCCAAGCCACUGCCAUAACAGGCGGAGGUGUGGCAAACACACCGACUCAGGUCACCUUGACCAGUCUGUCUUUCGGCUUUUCGCUACUCGUCACGGUGUGGGCAUUCUAUAGAAUCUCUGGAGGAUUGUUUAACCCAGCUGUAACUCUAGGUCUCGUCCUAACCAAGAAUCUCCCUUGGGUUCGCGGCGUCCUUCUAUUCCCUGCCCAACUCCUCGGCGGCAUCGUCGCGGCCGCCCUCGUGAGAUGCAUGUUUCCAGGCCCGCUGGUCGUGGGCACCGUGCUUAGCAACAACACCACGCCAGCCCAAGGCGUCUUUAUCGAAAUGUUCCUGACCUCGCUGUUGGUGUUCACCAUCCUCAUGCUCGCCGCCGAGAAGCACUACGCCACAUUCAUGGCUCCCGUGGGCAUUGGCCUGGCGCUCUUCGUGGGCAUGAUCGCCGGACUGCCCUAUACGGGUUCCUCGAUGAACCCGGCGCGAAGUUUCGGCCCCGCGGUCGCGGCGCCUUACUUCCCAGGCUACCAUUACAUUUACUGGUUCGGCCCCGUCAUGGGCGCCCUGCUGGCGUCCGGGUACUACGGCUUUGUCAAGUAUUUCCGCUACGAGGAGGCGAACCCGGGCCAGGACGCCGUCAGUCCCGAGGAGAAGAGCAGGGACGAGGAGAUGGGUCAUCCUCCUUAG